AUGCUGAUUUACCUCAGUUUUUUAUCUCUUUUUUUCUUAGUGAGUUCUUACCCAGACCCAAGAAAAGAAAAAAUCUCAGCCUGCUUAUUUCUCGUACACUUAAAAAUCAGCACCGAUAAAGAUAGGUUCGAAAAAAUUUUCGUAGAUGUCUCUCAAGACCAAAAAGAACGAGUCACUAAUAAAGUUGUAGGCGAAAUGGUGCUUAAUUGUGUCCAAGACAUAACACCUUAUGUAAUAGAUGAAAUUCAAUCAAGGUCCAAUUCAUUGACUUAUAAGCGAGAUUAUGACAAAUUGCUAUCAUACAAUAAAUAUGAUCUUUAUGGAGAGGUAAAACUCACCCCUGAGCAAAUGGAAAUCAUGAAAAUUGCGUUUGAGCAGUCACAAGAAAUGCUUAGUCCCCCCUCUAUAAGUGAACAAAACCAUUAGAAGAAUCCCUAUUUUUUGUCCAAAAACCCACCUUCAGUGAGCGAACAAAAUUUUUUUAAUAGAAAAAAUUUUUAUGAAAAAAAUUUGAUAUAUAAGUGAUAAUUAGUAUAAUGAAAUCUAUAGCAAAUUCUGUUUAAUUUUAAAAAAAUUUGCGUUUUAAAACAUAAAUUUUAUAAAUUAAAUUAAUAUUUGCUUUCCAAUUUUUGCGAAUUAGGAUUUUUUUUAAAAUUUCGAAAAAAAAUUAACUCCCCUCAAUGAGCGAACAAGAUUUUUUUUGUUCACUCACGGAGGGGGGUGAGUUAAUGAACAAUUUCCUGAAGAAGAGCUUGAAGAUAAUGAUGAAUAUAGGAAACAAAAAUUAUCAACAUGUUUGACUCUUUCUAGAUACAAAGUCCAAGAAGACGACCCUAUUAUCAAACAAAUCUUGCAAAAAAUGCCUAAAGACCUUGAAGAAAAAAUCACUAACAAAAUAAUUGGAGACAUCUUGAUGACCUGUAUGGACAAAAUGACAAAUAAAAUUUUGCUUGAAUUAUCAGAGACCUCCUCAUAUGCUGAUCUUACCCCUGAGCACAAAAAACUACUAGAAUGGGACAAAAAACAGUUCAAAAAAAAUAAGGAAAUUACUUUUACACAGAAACAUUUUACGCUAUUUGAGGAGGUAACAGAAGUUCAAAAAGAGAUGGAAAAAGAAUAUCAAGAAAAACUGGAAAAAGAAAUAGCCAAUCAAGAGAAAAUGAGAAACCUAAAGCCGCCUGAGUUGGCAAUAGAGGAAACUAAUUUUCCAAGUGAGCUAUUGAUUGUAGGAGUUGUUUUAUUGACUCUUUUAGGCUGUGGGUGCUAUUUUGUUACAAGAGAAGGACGUGUAGAGGUAAGAGGAAAAGAAGAAAAUAAAGAAGAAGACAAAGAGGAAAAUCAAGAGGAAAAUAAAGAAGAAGACAAAGAAGAAAAAAAUGAAGAAGAUAAAAAGGAAAAUAAAAAAGGCUCGAUAAAUCAAAAUAAAAAGAAAGAUUAA